UCGGACCUUCGUGACUGAUCAGUUCAUGUGCCUUUGAACUCUCCUAAUUUCCCUCUCAAUUCCAAGCCACAGUUUACACAUCAAAAAAGACAAAAAAGAAAAAAAAAAGAGAAAUGUCGCAGCGAGGCGAUGAUUAUACCUCAAUAGUUGAAGCCAUGACUUUGAUCAAUCAGAAAGUGAAUCUCAUGGGCGUCGUCCUCGAAACUAGCUUUCCAAGGAAGACCAAGGGCACUGAUUACUUCUGUUUGGUUAAAAUCAUUGAUCAGUCAUACCAAAGUCGUGGGCUUUCUGUUAAUAUUUUCACUGAGACGAUAGAGAAACUGCCUCUGGUAUUCAAUGCUGGUGAUAUUAUUCUGCUUUUUAAUGUUAGGAUGAAAGUUCAUAAUUCCGUGGUUCAUGCUGUGUUCAAUAAAAAUUUCUCUUUGUUUGCUUUGUUUGAUGGAAAAUAUAGUACAACCUUCCUUCCCUAUCAAUGUUAUUUGACUUAUCUUCAUAGGGAGCGAGAUGAGAAACUUAUACUCGGUUUAAGGAAGUGGUUGGUUGAUCACUCUAUUGGAACAGCCUUAAUAGAUUUUCAAUCUUUGAAAGAUAUCAGGGAAGGAGACGGCUUCAAUUUGGUUUGCAAGAUUCUUCGUGUAGUUAGAGAAGAUGAGUGGAUCCUUCUUGUGUGGGAUGGAACUGACACUCCACCAGUUGCUAUUAAUGCAAGGUUAGAGGAUGAACUGGAAACCCCACUUCCUUUAGAGUCUGUGGCAGUUCGUCUGCCGAGAGACAUAUUCUGCAAAUUGCCACCUUUUGGGACUGUGCUGAGGCUAACUCUGAAUUGUGGCAAUGAGAAACUUGGAAUGAACGUGCUCAGGACCAAUAGAUGGGUGAAAUUUGAUAACCUAAGAUGUCAACUUCUUGACUCACUGUGGCAUGCUGCCCACUUGCCGACUACUAGGUUUUGCUAUUUGCGCGAUGAAGAUCACAUUGUUUCACAGCGCAUGAGGGAGUAUGAUAAGCGUAUCAAAUCUAAAUGGGGAUGGAUGCCUCUUUCAGUCUUACCUUGGCCAACUCAUGUGACAGUGACCGACCAUUCCGAAGUGCCUUUUGUCUCCUUGAUGAGAGCUCUUGUGCAUCCCAAGGCAUUAUCAGACUUUUUUUGCUAUUGGACUUAUUGCUGAAGGGCUGGAAAUGCCCAUGAGUAGAGAAUACUGAUGUCUAAUAGGAGAUUGUAUCCAACUGGUGAGGUGGUAGGUAAAUUCCACUGUGUCGUUCGAGUUGUGGCAUCAUUCCCUUGGUUAGUUGAGGAUUAUCGCUCCCCUACUGGCGUUUAUAGGAUCAGGCUAACCCUAGAAGAUCCUACUGCCAGACUACACGCCUAUCUAUAUGCUGAGGAUGCGGAACAGUUCUUUGGUGGCUACCCUUCUCUCGAUGUGCUAAAAAGAAUGCGGAAUUUGUUGCUUGGAAUUUGUGAAAGUGAUGGUGACAGUGAAACCUCCA